AUGCAGGGCUCGCGAAACCUUCUGUCGUCCUCGAAUGACGUCACAGUAGCCAUCACUAGCCACGACUGGAAAGAUAAUGCGAAGGGUAUCGGCGCCGCCAAAAGCGCCGUGGAUGGCGGAAACGAAUUCGACGGGGUGGAUAGCUGGCGAGGCGCGUUCGCCGGGGAGGUGGUGACUGUGGAAGAGGUCCGAGAAGACCCGCGGGAAGCGAAACGGCGGAAAGGCAACCGGGGAAAAUUGAAAAAAUCGAAGGUGGGGGAAAAGCGAGGAGAGGAUGCGGCGGGAAAGGGGCGCAUGGGUGAACAGGGUAGCAAAGAGGGAAAAGGACUGGGUGUUGAGAUUGCGGAGAAGGGGAAGGGGAAGAAGCGGGAAGAGAUGAUGAUCAAGGUUGGCGGGUUGACCAAGGAAGUGAAGAAUGACACCCGCGAGAAGAUAGGCGAGAAAGACGAGGAGGCGGAAUCGAAGGGAUUGGACAGGAGAACGGAGGAGCAGCGUGAUGAGCGGCGGGAGGAGGGGAUAGAAAAGGAUCACGUAGAGAAUGAGAAGAGUGCGCGGGAUAGCAGCAGCACGCCGCAGACCGACAGCACGCGGCAGGAGAGCGGCACGCGGCAGGAGAGCAAGACGGAGGAGGGAGGGCGUGAGAGUGGGAGCGAUAUGCGGCAGAAGGAGGAGGUUGAGAGGAAGACGGAGGCAGCUGCUGGCGCGCUCGAGGGGGAACGUAGCAGCCCAGGGGCACAGGCAGCCGAAGCGACUGUCGCACGGGAAGCAGAUGUCGCACGGGAAGCGGAUGUCGCACGGGAAGCGGAUGUCGCGCGGGAAGCGGAUGUCGCACGGGAAACGGAUGUCGCGCGGGAAGCGGAUGUCGCGCGGGAAAGUGAAGCAGCGGUAGAGUCAACGGCAUCAGCAGAGGGGGGGCCGGCAUCAGGAGGCCCGGAGUUGGCAUCAGUGGACGGGGGGGCGGCAUUAGGGGACACGGAGGCGUCAUCUGGGGAGGCGGGGACGGCAUCAGGGGGUGGAGUUAGCGACGCGGCAGUGAUCGCUGUGGCCCAGGGCAACCUAGGCGCACGCCUGCAGGCGCUUUGCCUUGCGCCCGCCGUCAGCGCGGUGUGGAGCGCGCGAGCACCAGGGGAGGCGGACGUGGGGAAGGCGGAAGGCGAUAGGGCGGGGGAAGUAGCCGUUGUAUGGAAUGAAUCGGCGGUUGCGGAUGCUGACGUGGACGGAAUACCCAACAAGCAACCCGUUGGAGAGGGGUUCUUGGAUUUAUUCAGCGGGUUUCCCAGUGUAAAUGCUUUACGAUUAGAUGAGAAGGAUAAGGCUGUUUGGCCGAGUGUGACUGUAACGGGAGCGGCCUCUGCUGCUCCUCUUUUAGAGUCACGGACAGAGGUGCAAGUCUCCCUGCCGGCCUGCGUAGAAGCGGGGUCAGAAUCGGCCAAUGGGAGCACGGCAAAUGGCAGCAGCAGUAGCAGCGCGGAGGUGCCUGAUUUGUCACUGUCGCUGUGGGUCCCUUCUGGACUAAGCCACGUGGCAAGCAGAGAAUGGAAUCCCCCCGAGGCAUGUUCCGCCCUCCGCCUCUUCAGGUCGUGCCUGGGCGCUCUCCAGCCCUCGCCACGUGUCAGCAGAUUAUUGGAGAAGGGGGCGCUUGGGGAAACGGGGGCAGCUGCUGGGAAGUAUGAGGGGGAGAUUAAGGAGGAGAAGGGAGAGGUAAAGGGGGGAUUUAGGGAGAGAUUAGCACGUAGCACGGCAGUGUAUCUGGAAGCCAAUCAGGCGAUGCCAGGUGGCAUGUGCGGAGGGUGCCCCGAGGACCCUCUACUCAACUGCACGCUUCGCACGCUGACGUGGCGCUACCUGCGCGUGCAGUCCAACUCGUCUGACGUGGACUUCACUGUAGCAGCUGCCUCUGCUACAGACGCUGCUACAGUCGCAGGCACCUUCCAUCCCCUGCGCGCCCCGCUCCUCCUCCCCCACACUGCCGUUAGAACGGCCAUGGGUUGCCCCUUGAGGGUACCUCCCUUAUCCUCCGCCUCCUCCUCCGCCGCCUCCUCCUCCUCCUCCUCCUCCUCCUCCUCCUCCUCCUCCUCCUCCUCCUCCUCCUCCUCCUCCUCCUCCUCCCCCCCCGCCCCCCCUUCAUCCUCAUCCUCCUCAUCACCAUCACCAGCAUCCUCCUCGUCUUCGUCGCGGCGACUGUUGGCGCUGAAGGGAGAGGAGAAGGAGCAAGAGAAGCGGGAGAAGAAGUCUGGGUCACCAGCUGACGGUUCUGGCAGCGACAGUAGCGAGAACAGCAGCAGUAGCGGUAGUGGGGCGAGCAGGGCAGAAGGACAGGAAUGGAGCUGUGGCCAGCUGGAGUUGGCGGAGCUGCUGCUGCUGUCGUGGGCUCGAGGGCUCAUCCACUCGCGGCCCUCGAUAGAGGCACUCUUCAUUGCUUCCCAGGGAGGACGGCACCGGGCGAGCCAAAGCAGCAGUGCGGACGCCCCUGCUGCCGCCCAGGCAGCUGCGGGGGCAGCUGCAGUCUCCCCGGCAGCUGCGUUUGUGGUGGAGGAGAGUGUGUGCGCUGCCCCUCGUGUUGCUCGGUUUGUCGACCAGAAGUACCUGCAGCAGAUGCUGGUCGAUGAGGAGCUCAAGGCGGUGUACUGCUUCGUGCCCAAGGCAGCCUGCACGAGCUGGAAGGUGUGGUUCCGCCAGCAGCUGUCCAAGCGGCUCGGCAGCAUGAAGUCGUACGGAGUGCCGGAGCGAAUCAUCGUGCACAACCCGCAGCAGAGCGGGCUGAGCAUCAUGGGGUACGGGUUUGAGGAGCACGACAACAUUCGCUUCCUCACACGCCCCGACUUCUUCAAGUUCUCGUUUGUGCGCAACCCGUUUACGAGGAUUGCGUCUGCGUAUCUGAACAAGCAUGUGGAUGGGGGGUACCCACACGACCGCAAGUACUGGAACGAGCGUUUCUUUGCAGGGCUGCAGGCGUACAACGAGCUCAUGAAGAGCCAGAACGGCUCCGACUUCAUCCCCUUCUCCACCUUCAUGUCAUUCCUCCAGAUGCAAGCCACACGCUAUGUAGCGCGCAUGGACCCCCAUGUCCGCCCCCAGAUCGACCUGUGCAAGCUGAAUUCGAUCCGAUACGACUUUAUUGGGCGGUUUGAGAAUCUAGAGGAGGAUGUGGCAAAAGUGAUGCGGCAGUUUGGGAAGGAGGGAAAAGAUGCGUUUAGUAUUGGCCAUGGUGCACACCCAACUAAUGCAUCGGAUAAGCUGCUCGAGUUAUAUGACCAGCGAGCUUUUGAGGCUGCUAUGUUCGCAUACAAGUCAGAUUUCAGCGUGCCUUUAAAUGGUUUAGACGGCGUGUCGCAAUCACAGAUUGACACGCCUCCGCGCAUACUGCGUUCCGCGUUCCUCUCCUUGUUCCCCAACGUUCGUAUUCGCGUUCCCCCAUCGUUCUCCUCCGCGUUCCCCCAACAGGGCGAUCUCCCCGCGCGCCUGCAGACCCUCUGUCUCGCACCCGCGGUGGCGGCAGCGCUGUGGCGGCGCCAGCAGCAGCGGACGGGGGACGGGUGGGCGCAACCCGCGGGCACGCGUCUGGGGCUCCGCGCAGGGGCGGGAGGAGCGGAAGGAGAGGCCAUGCGCAUGACGAUAGUGUGGGCGCAACAAGGAACGGAAGGCGGAGCGGAAGGGGGAAAUGCGGAUGCGGCGUUCCGCGCGCUGUUUGAAGGUCCGCCCGCGCGCAGCCGAAUGGACCUUCCCCGCGGAUUGGCGGAGUCUUGGCCGAAUGUGACCGUGUCGGAAGGGGCAAGCGGCGGAGACGGAGAGAGCGAAUCCGUGCAAGGGUUGGAGGAAAUCACAGUGAACGUGCCUCAUUGCUCGGAAGAUGCGACCAACGGGAGCGCGACACUUAGCACGGGAUUCGUGCAUCCAGGCUGGAAGGUGUCCCUGCGAGUGCCACGUCAUCUGAAAACGCUGAUGUACCAGGAUUGGACCCCCCCCGAGGCCUGUUCCGCCCUCCGCCUCUUCCAGUCAUGCCUGGGCGCUCUCCAGCCCUCGCCACGUGUCAGCAGAUUACUGGAUGGAGAAGUGGGGGAGCAGCAGGAUGAUAAAAGCGAAGGAGCAGGAAACACAGAGUCACUAUUCUCCAGGCUUAAAUCGAGUACAGCAGUGUACCUUGAGGCCAAUCAGGUGAUGCCAGGUGGCACGUGCGGAGGGUGCCCCGAGGACCCUCUACUCAACUGCACGCUUCGCACGCUGACGUGGCGCUACCUGCGCGUGCCAUCCAACUCGUCUGACGUGGACUUCACUGUAGCAGCUGCCUCUGCUACAGACGCUGCUACAGUCGCAGGCACCUUCCAUCCCCUGCGCGCCCCGCUCCUCCUCCCCCACACCCUCAAGCGCAUAAGCCUUGGCUGCCCUGCAUCUCCCCCUCUUUCCGCCUCCCUUUCUUCUGCUCCCUCUCCUCCUCAACUCUCUACCUCCUCUCGACGAUCCAGCAAGAAAAGCGAGCAGCAUAGCGAGGGCGAGGAGGAAAGCGGGAGAGAGGAGCAGCUGGAAAGCGAGGUGCAGAGGGAGGGCGAGCAGCAGAGGGAGGAGGAGGAGGGAACCGGGAGCGGGGAGCAGAAUGAGGGUGAGGAUGGAAGGGAGAGCGAGCAGCAGAGCGCGGGCGGGCAGAAGAGCGAGGGCGAAGGGGGUCCAGCAAAGGCAGUACGGCGAAGAUGGGUGCUGGACGAGGGAGGAGAUGCGGAGGAUGCAGGGAGUGAGGAAGCAGAUGAGUUGCAAGGGGAGGAAAGGGAAGAGGAAACAAGGGAGAAAGAAGAGGCAACAGGAGCAGAGGGGGUUGGUUGGCAAGUCAGGAAGAAAGAAACAAGCAACAGUGAUAGCAGCAGUGGCGGCACACACACUAGCAGUGGGAAUGGCAGCAGACGAGGAAGAAAGGGCAGGAGCAGCACAACCGCGAGCAGUAGUGGGACUGCCAGCACCACCGCAGGCAGCGCCAGCACAAGCACGGCUGCUGCUGACCAGACGGAGUGUCAGCAGCUACAGCUGGCGGAGCUGCUGCUGCUGUCGUCUGCUCGAGGCCUCCUUCACACACGUCCCUCUGUGGAAGCACUCUUCAUUGCCGCCCAGGCCAGGGCGCGGAUCAACCAGAACGCACACGCUCCUCCUGCUGCUGCUGCUGCUCCUGCCACUGAUGCUACUGCUGCCGCUGAUGCUGCUGUGGCUUCUGGAGCUGGCGAAACUGGUGGUUUGUUAGGGGAAGCUGGUUUCUCCACGGCGGCCCUGCCUGCAUCCUCGUUUGUGGUGGGCCCGUCAGUGUGUGAGGCCCCUGAGCCGGCGCCCUUGAAGAACAUGUGGUUCCUGCGGCAGUAUCUCGUGGAUGAGGAGCUCAAGACCAUAUACUGCUUUGUCCCCAAGGCGGCCUGCACGAGUUGGAAGGUGUGGUUCCGCCAGCAGCACAACCUCCCCAACAUCUCAGACGUCUACCUCGCCCACGACCCCAAGCACUCAGGCCUGCACGUGCUCGCGUCCGGAUACACCGAAUCUGCCGUCAUGGCGCUCCUCACCCGCCCGGACUUCUUCAAAUUCACGUUCGUGCGCCACCCGUUUGCGCGGCUGGCCUCGGCGUACCUGAACAAGCAUGUGAACGGCGGGCCGCCGCAGGGGAGGGCGUUUUGGAACAAGAGGUUCUUCCAUGGCACGCGGCCGUUCCAGUGGUUGGUGGAGCACCAGGGCGGGUCGGACUUGCUGCAGUUUGGGGACUUUGUGGGGCUGCUGAGGACCAUGUUUAAGAGGAGACGACGCACCAUGGACCCCCAUGUUGCCCCUCAGGUGGACGUCUGCAGGCUCAACGACAUUCGGUUUGACUUUGUGGGUCAUUUUGAGAACCUGGCAGAGGAUGUGCCGGUGGUGAUGCAGCGCCUGAAUCGCACAAUCACAUCUGAAGCCUUCUCCAUUGGGAAAUCAGCGCACCCCACUAAUGCCCGCGACAAAUUCCUUGAUCUAUUCGACAAGAACGCGUAUGACGAAGCAAUCGAGUUUCUCUCCAUAGACAUGAACGUGCCAUUGAACAACAUAUCGUUUUCACCUCCCCCAAGAUUACUUGAGCUCUUUGGGGAGGUAAAUAAGGCCCGAUCCGAGGCGGCGGCCGCUGCGCAGGCGGCACCAGAAUCCUCCUCCACUCCCGCUCCCGCUGCUGACGUGGAUCAGCUAGCAGGAUCGUUCAAUGGGAUGACAUUGGACGAGCGGUACGCGCUGGUGCGGAGCGUGGGGGAGGAGUGCAUUCAGGAGGACGAGCUGCGCAACCUGCUGCUCAAGAAGAAGGACCCCGUCGCCUACGACGGCUUCGAGCCUUCGGGUCGCAUGCACAUCGCCCAAGGAGUGAUGAAAGCACUGAACGUGAACAAGCUGACCCAGUCGGGGUGCGUCUUCAAGUUCUGGGUGGCGGACUGGUUCGCGCAGCUGAACAACAAGAUGGGCGGCGAUCUCAAGAAGAUCCAGACCGUUGGUCGCUACAUGAUGGAGGUGUGGCGUGCAGUGGGCAUGGAUCUCACGCGCGUGGAGUUCAUGUGGUCGUCUGAGGAGAUCAACGGGCGUGCAGGGGAGUACUGGCCGCUUGUCAUGGAUAUCGCGAGAAAGAACAAACUCCCCAGGAUCCUCAGGUGUUCGCAGAUCAUGGGGCGCAGUGAGACGGACGAGCUGUCUGCCGCACAGAUCUUCUACCCCUGCAUGCAGUGUGCUGACAUCUUCUUCCUCAAGGCGGACAUCUGUCAGCUGGGCAUGGACCAGCGCAAGGUGAAUGUGCUGGCGAGGGAGUAUUGCGACGACAUCAAGAGGAAGAUGAAGCCCAUCAUCCUCUCCCACCACAUGCUGCCUGGGUUGCUGCAAGGCCAGGAGAAGAUGUCAAAGAGUGACCCCAACUCUGCCAUUUUCAUGGAGGACGAGGAGGCGGAAGUGAAUGUGAAGAUCAAGAAGGCUUUCUGUCCGCCAGGGGAGGUGGAGGGCAACCCGUGCAUUGCCUAUGUGCAGUACAUUGUGCUGCCUUGGUUCAAGCAGUUUGAGGUGGAGCGUAAGGAGGAGCACGGAGGCAACGUCAUCUACACUGAUGCGGAUCAGCUGUGUGCAGACUACAAGGAGGGUAAACUCCACCCAGGUGACCUCAAGCUGGCUCUUUCCAAAGCAAUCAACAAGAUUCUCCAGCCUGUUCGAGACCACUUCAAGACAAACCCUGAUGCAAAGAAACUGCUGGCACAAGUCAAGGUAAGAGUUGUGCUUAAUACGGUAAGAGGAGUUUUGCUUUAA